UGAGACGAGGACACUGAACGGCCUAAAGGAUUAUACAUUCUUUUCUCUGUUCUGGAUUAUAACUUUCCUGGAAAACUAUUUAGGUAAACCUCUUCAUUCAGUGAGUGGUGGUAUGCUGGCUGUCUCACUCCAAACAGAGUUUAUGGCCAAAGGAGUUUCCACAACAGAACCGCUCUCAAAGACAAGUGUGCUUCUUGAGAAAACUUGAAGUUUUCCUUUAUCCACGUUCACAGGUAUGCACGAUGGAUUAUGACAUUUUAGAACUCCAAGUAAUAGUAGUUUUUAGGGUUUUACCACAGUUACUGUGGGUGUGCAGAUGUUAUAUCCAGCAAAUGCAAAUGAUUAAAUGCAAAAUGUGAAAAUAUGAACUACGGCCGGCGUGAUAUCAGAUUUUUACACAGUUAUUUUGGGCAAAAGAGGUGCAAGGUACAAGGUAGAAUUAUUAAAAUUUGUCCUUAAAUACUGCAACAUCGUUUUGGAAUCCAAGUAAAAGAGUUCAUAAUAACAAUAUUAUCAUGAUAUUUAUAGAAAUGUUUUUUUUUUUAAUCAGUCAGUUUUUUUGGUACAAUGCAACACCCCUAAUAUGAAAAGUUAUAUUGUGUGUGUGGGUGUGUCUAGAGUUAAGUAGUAAGUUUCUUUCUUUGGUGUGUGUGGUAAUACACCAAGGUUCAGGCCAAAUGGCACUAAGAGCAGAUUUUUCCUCUUAUGUCAUCAACUUAGUUGUAGAAAUGGUUGGCAUGAAACCCAAAGACGCAGUGCCCUCUGCGGCGGUUAAGUUCUUUGGAGCAGGCACAGCGGCCUGCAUCGCUGACCUCAUUACCUUUCCACUGGAUACGGCCAAAGUCAGACUACAGAUUCAGGGAGAGUCUCAGAAAGUUGAAGGGCCCAGAGAAAUGAAGUAUCGGGGAGUGUUUGGCACCAUCACCACCAUGGUGCGCACCGAGGGGCCCAGGAGUCUUUACAACGGACUGGUGGCAGGACUCCAGAGGCAGAUGAGUUUUGCCUCAGUCCGAAUCGGUCUUUAUGACUCAAUGAAGCAGUUCUACACUCGAGGCACCGAGAGUGCUGGAAUUGUUACUCGGCUCAUGGCGGGCUGCACCACAGGAGCCAUGGCUGUGGCAUUUGCUCAACCAACAGAUGUGGUGAAGGUGCGUUUCCAAGCACAGGUACGGCUGGCUGAUGGUGAGAGGAGGUACAACGGCACUCUGGACGCCUACAAGACGAUUGCCCGAGAUGAGGGAGUACGAGGCCUUUGGAAAGGUUGUAUGCCCAACAUCACCCGUAAUGCCAUUGUAAACUGUGCAGAGCUGGUGACCUACGACAUAAUCAAAGAACUCAUCCUAAAGUACGACCUAAUGACAGACAAUCUGCCGUGCCACUUCACUGCUGCCUUCGGUGCCGGUUUCUGCACAACAGUUGUGGCCUCUCCUGUGGACGUAGUCAAAACACGGUUCAUGAAUUCGGCAGAAGGCCAGUACAGGAGCGCCAUCAACUGUGCUCUCACCAUGCUGAGAAAUGAAGGACCCACGGCCUUCUAUAAAGGGUUCAUGCCUUCCUUCCUGCGACUGGGCUCAUGGAAUAUUGUGAUGUUUGUGACAUAUGAACAAAUUAAACGAGGUAUGACCAGGACACAACAGUACUGGGAGUCGCCAUUCUGACCUCAGCUCGUCGAACUGUUUCUUCAGACAGGACCGCACCGACACGACGGUCUAACCUCCACCACGAUGUAGGGGUGAUGAAGGGUUGGAAAAGAAUGUUUUAAAGACUUGUGGCAGGAAGUUGUAGCUCUAUGAAUGAAACUGAGGGCAUCAUUGCAAUACGAGACUGAUACAAAGACUCAAGUGUAAAAGGGACUUUGUAAUGGGUCCUCCAUUACAAACGCGCUUACUCAGGUGAAAAAAGACGGAUGUGAAAUUGUAAUUCCAGAAGGUUACUGUAUGUUUUAUAGCUUAUCCACAAACUUUGUUGAGCUGGCUGUUGUAUAGCUUUGAAGAUGGAUUUUUGUGUUUACAACAAUGAACUGUGAGCUAAUUUGAAUAAUGUUACACAUCAUUUUGUUUUUGUUUCUUAAGCAGCUUUUCCAAUAGAGGAAUAGAGUCUGGCAUCACAGACCUAAGCAGUGACCAUUUCUAUAUUUCUUAAUAUCUGUGUUGCAGAUUGUUUACAGUGUUUACCAUUGUUUGUGCAUGUGAUCAGGGGUUUAUAGUUAAAUUAAUGUGCUGCUCAUUGUAAAUAGUAUGAUUUAUUGCGGGUCAACAAAUCAUAAAUAUAUUGCACACAGUGAUAAAUAAUGCCAAAAUGAAUAAAGGAAGUGCCUUUUC